AUGAACGGAAGUAAUAAAUGUGACAUGGAGGACUAUCCCCGUGACAUCUACUGUUACCCGCACUCCGAGGUAUGUGUCAGACCGACAUUAGUGGGAAUCCAGAUAGUUUUCCUUGUGUGUAUCAUCAUACUGAGUGUGACGUCAUGCGCCCUGCUGAUCUACGUCGUCCAUAGGACGAAAUCGAUGACGACAUCGAUGAAGGCAUGCAUCCUGAGUCUGUCGACUGCCUACCUCCUAUCGUCCGUGUACCCCAUACCUAUACUGUGCUAUUCCAUCGUCUACUCUCACCUCGUCCUAGCCGACAUCGUAUGUCGCUCGUCUCCGAUAGUUGUCAUGGUGACGUCCAUAUCCACUAACUGGACACUAGCUCUGAUUGGUAUGGACAGAUUCCUCACCAUCUUCCGGCCAUUCACACACUCGCUAACUAUGGACUUCCGCAAGAGCCUUGCAAUGGUCAUGUCAACCUGGUGUAUCGGGAUCAUGUUUUCUGUCCCGCCAUGUUUAGGGUGGGGAGGUAUCAGCAUCUGUUUCCAGCCGAGAAGUCUUCAGAUCUGCGGAAUCACGUGGAUUACCUCAAGGGCGUUUUCCUACACAACGUGGUGUCUGACUGUUAUGGUACCGCUCUGCCUUCUUAUAUUUUGUUACUUGAAGAUCGCGUUGUUGGCGCGGUCGUUAAUUGACCCUUGUCAUAGGGGCAAUGAUGACAUACGAACAAUACGUGGCCACACUCCUCCCCCUCGACGGCGACUGGUGGACAGAACAAGAUCAGUUGCUUCCUGUCUCAAGACAUUCAAAAUAGUUAUCAUCAAUAUAGGCACCAUAUGUCUGUGUUGGGCUCCCUAUUCCGUGUUGUCUGCACUGAGCCUGGACACCGACAGAGCUACUAUCACAUAUACACAGGAUUUUGUGGGGUACUGCCUACUCUUCCUACCCAACUUUGUCAAUCCUCUAGUGUUCAUCGCCUUUAACGAAGACUACAGGGGCAGCGUUACUCGGCUAUGGUACCGAGGAAUGAGACCAGUAAGAGUGAACUCCGUCCAGGCACGUCCACGUCUCACGCUUGUGUCCACGGAUCGUGAUAACACGGUCACAACCACAGCUGGAAAGAGCGUGCGAGCACCGAAUGGACUGUCUCGAGUGUUUGUGCGCCAUGUUUAG